GCUGGUGGCCCCGCUGCAGGACGGGCUCUGCUCAGAGCUGCUGGAGAGCCCACGGACAGAGACCACCAGAUCCCAAAGCAACAACUACUUGCUAAAUGAACCAGAGGGACUUGAAAGCAUAUACAGAACCAUGAUUAGAAACAAAGAACGGGAGAUGAAAUUAAAAGCUCUCUGUGAUGCUCAGCUUUCUGCUAAAUCUGUUAUCACCGGCCUUCUGUGCCCAGCAAAGUCCUACAAGAGCUCCAAGGGGCUGGAGGAUCGCAACGUGACAGGUACCAGCAGCACAAAGAGCAGCAAGCUGGAGGUGCCACUGGUACUGAAGGACACAGCCACAGUCAAAGGCAUGGGCAGCCAGGUAGUGGCUGAGAAAACAAAGGUGGUGAAGGAAGUGAGCUCUGCCAAGAGCACUACAGCCGCAUCAUCAACAGCUACAGCAGGAAGUGGAGCCAGAGGACAAAAGGAGCAGCUCCCACCACUUGCCAAGACUUGCUCCAAAGCCAGUUUCGAUGCAGUCACCAGGAACGCAGUAACUACUGGAACAUUGGAUAAGAAAAGUGUUAAAUACAACGCAAGUACUUCAGGCUUUACUGCUGCUUCAGUGAUCACAGGACUGAACCAGCCGGUGUGGCAGAGUCUGAGCUUCCCUCUGCUUCCCAUCUUUCCCAACCACUUCCCACAGUUUGAGGGUCCAUACCCCAGAGUGAGGAUCCCGGUCCAGCAAGCUCUGCACCCCUCCUUCGCAUGCUACCCAGGACAGGUACCUCUAUACAGCCCACAGCAGAUUUUCCCACCACCUCACACUCCCAUAGUGAACUACAUCACCGUGGUUCAGCCGGCGUAUCCGUACCAGCAGAUCAGCCCAGCCAUGCUGCACAGCAACAUCCAGGACCUGCCACCAAUGGCCAGCAAUGGGAUUCAACUCCUAUUUUCCCUUUCCCAAGGGCUCCGUGCUGUGCCUGGAGGAGCUGUGACACCUCACCUCAGCUACAUUACCAGCAACAACCCUGGCAAAUUCUAAGUGAAGCCUGUUUUCCUACCCCAGUAUCCAGAGAACACUCUUAUCUACCUGUUUAAGUCCUAGGGUCCUAUGGGGAUUUCAUGUUUGCCCCAAAGUGACUAUUUCCAUCUCGAAUAAUCCCCUAUGAUUUAUAUAGUACAGAACAGCUGCAUGACAAUUCAUCUGAAAUGGGUUUUUCUUAGGACGACAGAAUAAGCAGGGGCUUUUUUGUUGUUUGGAAGAUGUAUACAAAUAAUAAAAAUGUUUUAUUUAUGACAAA